CAACCCUGUAGUGUGUGUGUAUUAUUAGAAUAGCGACACACUCUCUCUUGUGCUCGCACACCAAGCAUGGCUGGCGACAGUGAAACACAUCUGAAGGACAGAGCGGAGAACGGCCACAACACCAGACAGCCGUUCCUCAUCGGUGUGUCUGGAGGCACCGCCAGCGGAAAGUCUUCGGUAUGUGAGAAGAUCAUGGAGCUGUUGGGCCAGAAUAAAAUUGACCGUCACCAGCGGCAAGUGGUCAUCCUCAGUCAAGACAGCUUUUACAGGGAGCUCACACCUGAACAGAAAGCUAAAGCACUCAAGGGCCAAUUCAACUUCGAUCACCCAGAUGCUUUCGACAAUGAGCUGGUCAUGAAGACUCUGCGUGACAUCAUUCAGGGGGAGACUGUGCACAUCCCAGUUUAUGACUUUGUUACCCAUUCCAGGAAGGAUGACUUUGUGACCGUGUAUCCAGCAGAUGUGGUUCUCUUUGAGGGGAUUCUCAUGUUCUACUCACAAGAGAUUCGAGAUCUGUUCCAAAUGAAGCUGUUUGUGGACACAGACCCAGACACGCGCCUCUCGCGAAGAGUGUUGCGGGACAUCGGUGAGAGAGGCAGAGAGUUGGAGCAGGUUCUGAACCAGUACAUCACCUUUGUGAAGCCAGCCUUUGAGGAGUUCUGUCUUCCUACCAAAAAGUAUGCAGACGUCAUCAUCCCCCGAGGAGCAGACAAUCUCGUGGCUAUUAAUCUGAUUGUGCAGCAUAUUCAGGAUAUCCUGAAUGGAGGAGUCACCAAACGGCAGAACGGUUUUCAGGACGUCCACGAAAGCCCCAGACAAAGACGGCCGUCUGAGUCGAGUCGACCUCACUGACCUCACUGUGGCCCUUCCCUCCAUUGAGGAGAGGACAGAACUGAAUAAUAACAGUGUACGUCCCAUUCAUCCAAUGACAAUGAAGGGAUGCAGCAGCUGAAAUGCCUUUGUUAUAGUGACUAUUAUUUGCAUUUGAAAUGUUGUGCAUAAUUGUUUGCUGAUACAGGCUUUUGAAAGUGCUAUGUUUUUUGGAAGGUUUGAUUGCAAACUCAGCCUGUCCUGUCAGUGUGUCUAUCUGCUUUCUUAGAUGCUCGGAAAAUAAAUGAAUAGUAUGGAAUGUUUUGUCAGACUGGACGUAGAGACAACUUUGAUUACAGUGCUAUUUGCGUACGUACUUGAAGUCAGAGCUCAGGUUGGGUGGGUUGUUCCAUCCACUAAAGAAAAAACCUUAGUACCUCAUAUUUGAGGCUUUUUUUAUAUGCGUGUGUGAUUGAAGAGAUGCGUGAUUUUGUAAUGAUGCAACAUGGUACACUAGCAUUUUAUAUAGUUUUUUUGUAGCUUUCUAGUUAAUUCUCAAUGUUGAUAUGCGGUUCUUACAGUUGUAGUUUUUUGUACAUAUGACGUGACGCGUUUUGUCGACUAUAUUUACAGUUUUACCAGAACUGGUUCUUGAUUUUUCCCGUCAUAUCUUAGUGUGCAUACAUAGUAUUUUACCCCAGUUACUAAAGUACUACAUCCCCAGAUAAAAUCAGGGAUUAUAUUAAAAACCUCAAUCACAAUUAUUGUUAACACCAAAAAACUGAUUACU